AUGGAAGUGAGAAGACGGUUUCCAGAAGCUUUCAUUGCAAUGACAUGUGUACUUUUGGCAAUUCCGUUAUAUCUUUUGAUUGUUGGAAUUAUAAAACUGGAUAGUUGUUCAGCUGAUUCAAGAAUUCCGAUCUGGAUGAUUUGUACUUCUGCAAUUAUGAUAAUAGAGAGAAUGAUGGAAUCAAUGAAUCAGGCAAUGGAUCUGAAAUUCGUGAAUAAUAAUCCACGACCCGAAAUAACCGAGAGACGAAAGUUGAAGGAAUGGGAAAAUGAGAGAUAUAAAAACAGGUCGACAAUGCUUUUCGCUAUGAUUUCUUUGAGUCGAGUGGCCAUUUUCGUAACAACAAUCGUCGGAAGUGCCUUAGUUUUCUCCGCCUACUCGAAUCGUUCUCAAUGUGAUGGUCUUCUUUAUUGGUCUGCAUUCAUGAACAGAUACGAUCGUGCUAUUACUAUCUUCUCACCAGAUGGGCAUUUGUUCCAAGUAGAAUACGCACAGGAAGCUGUUAAGAAGGGAUCAACCGCUGUCGGAGUACGCGGAAAAGAUUGCAUUGUCAUUGGAGUGGAGAAGAAGUCUAUCCCAGCUCUUCAAGAUGAUCGUACAAUUCGUAAAAUCCACAUGAUUGACGAUCAUGUUAUGCUUGCUUUCGCUGGACUUUCCGCUGACGCCCGUGUUCUUGUCGAUCGUGCUCGUAUUGAGUGCCAAUCUUACAAGUUGACUCUCGAAGAUCCAGUCACUGUCGCCUACAUCUCCAGAUAUAUUGCAAACACGAAACAGCGCUUCACUCAGUCGCCUGGUCGUCGUCCAUUCGGAAUCUCCAUGCUAAUCGGAGGAUUUGAUCAUGACGGAACUCCACGUCUAUUCAAAACCGAGCCUUCCGGAGCAUACUAUGAGUACGUCGCCAACUCAACUGGAAGAGGAGAAAAGCCUGUGCGCGAGUACCUUGAAGAGCACUACAGUGAGGAAAACACUGCCGAUGAAGCUACCACACUCAAGCUUGUCGUCAAGUCUUUGGCUCAAGUUGUACCACCAGGAUCGCAGAACAUUGAAAUUGCCGUCAUGAAGAAAGUUAAUGAUGAGCUGCAGCAACGCGUAUUGACAAUUGACGAGAUCGAGGCUCUCCUGAAGGUUGUCGAAGCCGAACGUGUCGCUGCUGAAGCUGAAGAAGCUGCAUCCAAGAAGAAGUAA